AUGGUUGGAACCAAGUUCAGAGACGAAGAGGAAGAUCUCCCGGUGACUACACCGCGCUCGAUCUGUGGUGAGAGUUGCCUCCAUGGAUACUGGAAAGUCCUACUGGAAGGAAAACAGAAAUGCUGCUACUACUGUUCCCCCUGUGCAGAAGGCGAAAUCUCCAACCAGACUGAUAUGGAAACAUGCUUAGUGUGUCCUAACGAUCACUGGUCAAAUGGAAGAAGAGAUUCCUGCGUUCCAAGACCAAUUGAAUUCCUGUCUUAUGGAGACACACUGGGGUCAUCUCUAAUUAUUAUAACUCUUACAUUUUGCCUUGUGACUAUAGUUGUGUUGGGGAUAUUUAUAAAAAAUAAAGAUUCUCCAAUUGUGAAAGCCAAUAACCAGAAUCUCAGUUUCAUACUUCUCCUCUCACUCAUCUUCGCAUUUUUAUGUCCUCUCUUAUUCAUUGGACGUCCCUCAGAUAUAUCAUGUCUCCUCCGACAAGUGACUUUUGGAAUCAUUUUUAGCCUUGCAGUUUCUUCAGUCUUAGCUAAAACAGUGACUGUAGUCUUGGCUUUUCAAGCCAUUAAACCAGGCAGGACACUGAGGCAGUGGAUGAAGAGACACCUCUCCACAUCCUUACUUGUUAUAGGUUCAUCUGGAGAAGUUUUGAUCUGUGUCCUCUGGUUGUUUUAUUCUCCACCAUUCCCGGAUUAUAACACUGGACUAGAGGUUGGAAAGAUAAUCUUACAAUGUAUUGAGGGAUCUGCCAUUGCUUUCUACUUGUCCAUCGGCUACAUUGGAUUUCUGGCAAUGAUGAGCUUUAUUGUAGCUUUCUUGGCCAGAAGACUUCCAGACACCUUUAAUGAGGCUCAGUACAUCACCUUCAGCAUGCUGGUCUUCUGCAGUGUGUGGAUCUCCUUCAUCCCGGCCUACCUCAGCACCAAGGGGAAGUACACGGUGGCUGUGGAAGUUUUUGCCAUCUUAUGUUCCAGUGCUGGACUUCUGGGCUGUAUCUUCAUUCCCAAAUGUUACAUUAUUCUACUGAGACCAGAACUCAACACAAAGUCCAAUAUAAGGGUCAUAAGAAGACAUUGUACUGGAGAAUUUUGA